AUGUAUGCAAAGACAACAACGAUACGACCAACAACUAUUCUAUCACAAAGAAAUACUACUGAAACAUUUCCCAAUGUUUAUAAACAGAUUCCGCCUUCGAUUGUACCGAGAACUACAGUUCCACGAAAGACAAAAGUAGAACAAUUACCAACGUCAAUGGAAAGAAAAUCAGUAAGUAAGAAUAAACACAACAAAGAAUUUGACUUUAUUGAAGAACAAAUAUCGACAUUGACAUCGUUGAAUGAAACCGAAAAACUGAUACUACCACAUAUAAACCAUACAAAUAAAAUUUUCUCCGAUGAAAAAAUUUCAACAACACAAAAUACUAGUAAAUCAACACCAUAUACUCCUGGUUUAUGUGGUUUGAUAAAUAUUGGUAAUACAUGCUAUAUGAAUAGUGCUCUUCAAUGUUUAAGUAAUAUACCUGAACUAACUCAAUGGGCUCUAGAUCAAAAAAAGUCUUCGUCAAUGGAAAACAAAGAUAUUAUUCAUAUAUAUACUUCUUUAAUACAAUUAAUGUGGUCUGGUGAAAAUGCUACAAUUAAUCCUCGAGAUAUUAAAGAAAUAGUUAGUCGUUCUGCUCCAAUAUUUAUUGAUUAUGUACAAAAAGAUUCACAUGAAUUUAUGAAUUCUCUUUUAAAUGCUCUUGAAAGAACAAAUUCAAUAUCGAUUAUUACAAAUCUUUUUCAUAUUUAUACACAAUCACAAGUUACAUGUACAACAUGUAAUUUCAUUGAUAUUACAAAUGAAAUAACAACAUUUCUUCCACUUUCAUUACCACGAAAAACUUUAUAUAAUAAAGAAAUUUUACUUGAAAAUUUAAUUAAUGAUUUUUGUUUAGAAAAUAAUUUAAAUGGAUUAUAUUAUUGUCAUUCAUGUAAACAAUAUACACAAGCAAAACAAAAAACAAAUAUAUGUUUACCAUUACCUCAUGUUCUUGUCAUACAAUUAAAACGAUUUUCAUUUGAUAAUACUUUUCAAAAAAUAGAUACAUUUGUUCGUUAUAAAUUUCAACAUAAAAAUUUAAUAUCAAAUAAUGAUAUAUAUCAAUUAUGUGCUGUAUCUUCUCAUAUUGGAAGUUUAGCUAGUGGACAUUAUACAACUCUAGCAAUUAAUAAAUUAAUGAAACAAUGGUAUGAAUUUAAUGAUCAUCAUAUAAAGAAAAUCAAUGAAGAUUUUGUUGUUACGAAUAAUGCAUAUAUACUUGUAUAUUUAAAAUUAGAAGAAUCGAAUACUUCUAUAUCUUGA